CACCAGGGGAGAAGGGCGGUGGUUCGAGAGGGAAAUCCUAGAUCACCCUCAACACCCUAUUUUACUCCAAGAGAGUGCACGGUAAAACUAUUCCUUCCUCACAUCCCAGUCGUGAUGUCCCUCAGGAUUGAUGAUGAUGAUGAAGCGCAAUGGCGUUACAACCAGGCCAAUAGUGUCUGGAGUGCUCAUCUUAAAACUCUCAGGCAGCCCCUUACUGCAAGACAACCUCAAAUGAACAAGAUCAAUAAUGGAUGGCUCGGGCAGAAAGGGGUAGGGCUCGAAGGUGGGAGUGGGUCUUGCAAUGGCUGCUGCAAUGUGGACGGAUCGUGCACGUAGGGUCGGGACUUUCGCGUGGAACGCGGUGGAAUGCAGAAGCAAACACGGGGCUUCACAAACCCAGUACGAUGCAGUAGUCAUCGGUGGAGGACACAAUGGACUGGUGGCAGCUGCCUACCUUCAGAGAGGAGGCUUGAAGACAGCAGUGUUGGAGCGCAGACAUGUGCUGGGGGGUGCUGCUGUGACUGAGGAGAUCUUCCCUGGUUUCCAGUUCUCCAGGUGCUCCUAUUUGCUCAGUUUGUUGCGACCGCACAUUUACGCAGACUUGGAGCUAAAGGUAAACAAGGGGACAAGGUCAUGGAUUCCUGUCAUAGGUUUGUCUUUGAAACAACUCCAGUGCCCGCAUAUGUGUGCCAUUUGUUCUCAGAAACAUGGACUGAAGGUGUACUUGAGGGACCCCCAUGCUUUCACUCCAAUGUUGGAGGAGGGGUUAUGGGGUGGGCGGCCAAGGUCACUGACACUGGGCUCAGAUCUGGUUGAGAACCAGAAGGAGAUCAGCAAAUUUUCCCAGAAAGAUGCAAAGGCUUUUUCAGGUUUUGUUUCGCACCUUGAGAAGCUAGCAGCGGCUAUCCACCCCCUCCUGGAUGCCCCUCCUGUCGACAUUCCAGGAGUCGCAAGUGGCUCGUUGAGGAAGAGGCUGGCCGCAGCUAAAACACUGAAGCCUGUCAUCAAAUGCGGGCUGAAACUAGGCAGACACAUUCCAGACUUUUAUGAGAUCAUAACAGCACCAAUCAUGAAGAUUCUGAAUCGGUGGUUUGAGUCGGAGCCAUUGAUCGCAACGCUGGCGACUGACGCUGUCAUUGGAGCCAUGACCAGUCCCAGCAAUCCCGGUAGUGGGUAUGUUCUAUUGCACCAUGUGAUGGGAGAGCUGGAGAAGGAGAAAGGAGCCUGGGGGUACGUGGAAGGAGGCAUGGGCGGCCUGUCCAAGGCAUUAGCUAACUCUGCUCGAUCCUUUGGUGUUGAUAUUUUCACUGAAAAGGAUGUAGAACAGGUCCUGGUUGACUCAGGCGGCGCUGCGAAGGGAGUGGUGUUAAAGGACGGCACGGAGAUUCAUAGUAGAAUUGUUCUUUCAAACGCUACACCGCACGUCACGUUUAAAAACCUCACGCCGCAGAGUGCCCUUUCUCCAGCAUUCUUGAAAGCUGUUGAUCAGAUAGAUUACACCUCACCUGUCACCAAGAUCAACGUGGCAGUGAACAAGCUGCCAAACUUCCUGGCGGCCCCGACACCUGACAAUAAACCAGGACCCCACCAUCAGUGCUCUAUUCACUUAAAUUGUGAAAGUGUGGACGUACUGGAGACGGCCUACAGAGAGGCCAUGAAUGGACGCCCCUCAACAAGGCCCAUGAUUGAGAUGACCAUACCGUCUGUGCUGGACCCCACACUGGCGCCCUCUGGAUGCCAUGUGGUGUCACUGUUCACACAGUUCACCCCCUUCCACAUUGGGGGCAGAGAGUGGACUGAGCAGGACAGAGAGGCCUUUGCGGAUACUGUAUUCGACUGGAUGGAGCAAUAUGCCCCUGGAUUUAAAGAGUCAGUGGUGGGAAGGGACAUCCUGACUCCACCUGACCUGGAGAGAAUUUUUGGGCUCACCGGAGGGAAUAUCUUCCAUGGAUCAAUGUCACUGGACCAGCUGUACCUAGCACGACCUUUGCCCUCACUCUCAGACUACCGUACGCCAAUUAAAGGGCUGUAUCUGUGUGGCAGUGGCAGUCAUCCAGGUGGAGGUGUGAUGGGGGCUCCUGGCUGGAACGCUGCUCUUACUGCCAUGGCUGACCUGAAACGUCAAUAAGAAAUCAUUGUAUGAAUUAUAAUUAUGCUUAGUAAAAACAAUCUUAACACUCCUACCUGAUCAAAUGGUGUACAUAUGUAAAUUGUUAUUACAUAUAAUACAUAUCUGUUGGAUGUGCAUCACAAUAUAAGAAUGUUUACUAUCAUUGUUUAUGCAUGCCAAAUGUUUUCUAGGGGAAAAAAAGGGAUUUUAAGUCCUACAGUUGAGUGUAAUAGUGCACACAAAUGAGCUAAAAAGGAAAAUCAUAGUGAUGAUACAUUUUACACAAAUGUGCUUGUCAGUCCCAUAAAGGUGUGCACCAAAUAUGGUGGUUAUUCAACAAAACACCCUAAAGUUACAUUGGGUAUUUCGUAGAGCACGGUGAGCUGUGUGAGAGAUUUCAAAUCAAUCCAACUUACGGGGGGUCAAACUUUGGAGUGACACUAAGUGGUAUGUUUGUCAGAAAAAUAAUAUACAUGUAACACAGUACAGGUGCACGUUUUGACAAAUUUUCACCCUUUAGUGUGCAGCAGCCAUUCAUUUUUCAUUGGCCUGCGGCACAUUACAGACGUAAAAUUACCUGUAAAAAUGGGAAAAAUAGAGCAAAAUGGCACAACAUAAAGCAAGCAAGAUGGAAUGUUGAUAGUAAUAACUAAUAGUAACGCAAAGCUGUGUCUUUAAAUAUGUUUUCAGUCUUCUUACAAAAUAAAAAAUAAUGUAGCCCAAUGCAUCCUUUGAUUUUUUUGUGUUUGUGCAGCCCUCAGUAAAAAGUUUACAAA